UAAACUGAAUGAUGGUGGCCGAAUUUUCCUUGGCGAUAUUCGUAGUCUCGGACUUGACGUACACCACGACUUAGCACGGGUUCUUCACUGUGAUCCUUCACCUGACUUGUCUACUUUCGAGAUACAAGAAAGACUGGAGUCAUUGCAAUAUCGGCAGAACGAACUUAAGGUGAAUCCAUCGUUCUUUUUCCAGUUUCAAGAAAAGCUUGACGGCCGCAUCUCGCACGUCGAAAUUUUGCCCAAGUUAAUGACCACUCACAAUGAGCUCAGUCAAUUCCGCUACCAAGUUGUCCUCCACAUUGGGUCGCAGCCUCCACCUUUAGCCGCGCCAACCCAAUGGAUCGAAUACAGUUCGAUUUCCGACUUGAAGUAUAUACUCGGUUCUAGUUCUGAUCAGACUUUGGCCGUGCGCGGUAUUCCAAACUCCCUUGUGGCCAGGCAAGAGGUGAUACUGCGACUCUUACGCGAUAGCAAACCUCCGUUGACCGCUUUGGGGCUUACUCAAGCUGCGGCUGCUGCGGACUGGUGCGUUCAAGCGCUGUCGCCAUACGAUAUUACGUCUAUUGGUAUUGAAUAUGGAUGGCAUGUCGAGCUUAGUUGGAAAUCCUUGGGCGUUGAUCGGACCCUCGCUGCUGUAUUUUCUCGCACGUGUUCUGACAUCAAGGCUGACUUUGGUAACAAUCGCAUAGACGAUGAACCAGCCAGCACUCCUGACACGAGCACUGCUGUACCUGGUUCAGACCCUGGGACCUUGGCCGUCCGGCUACAGGCGUUGUGUCGCGAGAAGCUCCCAUCUUACAUGGUGCCAGACCAUGUGAUCUUCAAAGAUACAUUGCCCUUGACCAGCAAUGGCAAAGUAGACCGUAGAAUGCUUGCCCAGCCCACCUAUUGGGCACAGGAUGUGGAUUUUUUGGUCCAACAGGUGGACUUGUAUGAACCGCAAAAUGACACCCAGGCUCGUCUCCAAAGAUGCGUCGGGGAAGUAUUGGAAUUGGAUGCUUUAAAAGUAUGUGAUCACAGGGUAUGCUAUAAACCACGGUUG